AUGGAUAAAUCAAAACUUCGCGUUGUCUAUGAAUAUGAGUUCCGUCGUGGAACCAAUGCCUCCCAGACAGCCCGAAACAUCAAUGAAGUGUUUGGCGAAGAUGCGGCGAAUGAGCGCACUGGUAGCGGAGAUACUCCCAAAUUUGAUGUGUCUAUUUGGCCAGAGAAAAUCCCAGGAAAUCUUCAUUACACAAGUGAUUAUGUUCAGAAUAAACUGCUUGGUAAAGUUAAACCUUCCACAUCACAUCGACAAGUACGGUUGAAGGAUUUUAAGGUCGGCAUCCGAAGGAACCCUAAAGAUGAAAGGAAAAUGAUGUCAGCUGCCAAUAAGAAUGAUUAUCCAUCAGUCCUGAAGUUUCUGGAGAGUGGAAUUGAUGCUAGGUCUGCAGAUGAAAAGAAACGGACAGCUUUACAUUUCGCAGCAGCUCAAGGAAAUGUCCUCAUUGCUCAGAUGUUAAUUGAACGAGGAGCGGAUCCAAACCAGAUUGAUAUUUUGAAUAACACACCACUGCACUUAGCUGUCUGUACCAACAACAUCGCCAUGGUUACUUUGUUAUUAAAGGCAGGAACCAAUGCUAAGGCAAUACAGCAGUGUGGUCGGAGACUGCUGCUUCUGGCCAAGUCCACAUUAUGCACGAUACCAAAAAAUACAGAUUUUAAUUGUGAAAAGCACAAGCAAGACGCCUUACAGCUGACAGAGAUGUUGCUUCAAUACUUAUGUCGGACAGGCUGGGAAUCAGACGUCAAACAGUUGGAAUACCUACGUAACCUCCUCCACAAACCAUCUUGCAAUGACCUCGACAAUGUCAGUGAGCUCCUCAACGAGUUUACCAGAAUGGCCAUUGACCGACCAAUCACAUGAGGCAGCGGACCAAAGCGGAGAAGAAGCAUUUUCAUCAUUCAAUGCUAUGUCACAUCACACAAGCAUAUAUGUAUACAUCAUCAUCAUCAUUACCAUCGUCAUGAUCACUGUUUAACAUCACUUCUUCUAUGCUUAUAUAUAUAUAUGUAUAUGUGUGUGUGUGUGUGUGUAUAUAUAUGUAUGUAUAUAUAUUGUUGAUAGGGUUAUAAUCCAAGCUGUGUCCUCUUGAAACACAUUUGCUUAUUUCACUCCAAAGUUGUAUGUAGAUGUUGUAUUUGUGUCAGGAAUGCAUAAAAGUUGAGAAAUACUGGGAAAUAGCUUUUACAGAGAAAUUACACAAAGCGUCUCUCUAAUCUCCUGUUUUGAUAUAUUUAUAUAUAGUUUAGUGUUCUGUUAAGGUAAGAUCAACAAAAUAAGUAUUCCAUUUAGUGAGAGAUAAAUAUGGUAUGCAGACAGAUACAAGCUACUACGUUUCUUGCUUGGAGAUACAUGGUAUGUUAUAAAAACCUGCCUCGACACAUGUCUCCAAAGCAAGAAACUUAGUAGCUGGUAUCUGUAUAUUGUGUACAUUAAAUAAUAAAUAUACAUACAUUCAUAUAUAUAUAUAUAUAUGCAAGUAUAUGCAUAUAUAUGCAUAGUAAAGCCAGUUGCCACAUCAAACUGGCAGUUGAAUGUUACUACUAGUUUAAGCCAAGGCAGAUUCUCCGCUAGCCAUUUAUAUACAAUACGGGUGCAGAGCAUUGCACCAAAAACCAGCUGGUGGAGAAUCCGCCUGGGGUUAAACUAGUAGUAACAUUCAACUGCCAGUUUGAUGUGGCAACUGGCUUUACUGUUUAGUAUACGUCACUACUCUAUCACUUCCUGAGAUUUUAUAACUUGCUAUUUUGCUUGUAUAUGCAUAUAUAUAAAUAUAUGUGUGUGUGUAUGUAUGUAUAUAUAUGAAUACAUGUACACAUGGGCACAAGCAUAUAACAUAAACACAAUAAAGACAGUUUUUACCUGUUGUGAGUGUGAAUUGUCACCGACCAGCUGAAUAAGUCGCAUACACUGGUUAUUGUCAGUGGUUGCUUUUCACACACACACACACACACACACACACACACAUGCACACUGUACAAGAUAGGAGAAUAUGAUGUGAAUAAAUUUGCAUAUAAUUUUCACACCUGUUUCUAUGACAGCUGCAUAAAAAUUAAUUUUAUGCAGUACUUAAUUCUUUUUCCCAUGUAAAUCACUUAGUCGGAAGCAUUAUAAGACAAUUCAUCUGACAAUGCCGCUGACAAUAUUAAUUGUAUGUUAUAAAAAUUUGGUAACAUCGAUUGUAUGUUAUCAUGAUAUAAUUGUAGCUGAUAUGUGUAAUUAAUGGAUGAUGAUGCAUGAUCCAUUAAUUAUGUAAUUAAGAAAUAUGUAUAAUAUACUUUUGUGUGUGUGGAGUGUUAAUUAUACAAUUAGAGCAACAAUAAAUAUUUAGACCAACAUUCCAUCUACCAUCUUUGAAAAGAAGAUCCAAAACAGUUCUUGUCUCUCUGUUAAUGGUUUUAUGCACACACACACACACACACACACACGUUCUUAAGCAUAAAAAUAUUCAAUGUAUUGAUUGUAUGUAUGUGUGUGUGUAUAUAUAUAUAUAUAUAUACAUAUAUAUGUAUGUGUGUGUGUAUAUAUAUAUAUAUAUAUAUAUAUAUAUACAUAUAUAUAAACCCUCACACACACGUGUGUGUAUAUAUACAUAUAGUGUGUGUGUGUGAGGUUUAUAUAUAUAUAUGCAUAUGUAUGUUCAUACACACACGUACACAUGAAAGAAUCACCUCAUUAUAUUUGUUUGUUGUGUCCAACAAUAUAAUCAAUGUGACAUCAGCCCCAGGACGAAGGACAUUGCAUCGACAGUCACUUCGAAAUAGCUGUGAUUCUGAUUUUUGAAAAUAAAAUAUUAAAAAAAUAUCAUAAUGGC